GAAGCUGCGACUGCAACGUGAAACCUUCGUAUCGAAUGGCCGAUUACCAGCGAUCUGUACAACAAUGCCGUUUAUAGACUAUUAUAAAAAUACAGGCUGAAUCCGUAGGUUGUAAUCCAAUAUCUAGUUCAGAAUUAUGGAAAUCUACUGCUUUUCCAUUUGAAGGAACUCGCAGUAAUUAUUACUUGUAGUUGUAGGUCCACACAGUUUUCUCCUCUAUGGAAGACCUUAUAACUGAAAUGAAUCGCAGUGGACAAUACCGUUUGUGUCAGUUGUUACAUCUACGAAUCUGCACUGACCAAUAUGGAGAUUACUCAUACUACGAUCAUGCCCAUGAAAAGGCCAACCACCGGGAUGAUCGUUACAUAACGGUUAGUGUAUCCGAUAAUCCGCCAUGGAAUUUCGAAAGUCCCCCUAAUUCUGGAUGCUUUUGCGGAGUGUCCAUUAGCAUUCUGUCCAUUAUUUCCAAGGAGUUGAAUUAUCGAUUCCAGCUGAUUUUUGCCAAGUCACCGCUAAACAAGUUUAGGACAUCGGACAACGUGUCGUACGAUGGCUCGCCGGCCGACGUAUUAUUAGGCAACGUCAUGAUGAGCGCGUGUCCGCUGGCCGCCAAUCCGGCACGUGUCCGCGAUUUCGAACUGAUUGCCGGAUACAUCACACGUGAUUACUACAUUUCCGUGCACAACCGGUCUUUCCUCGAUGCUACCAUGACGUCGCAACCCAUCUUGACGACGUUGGUGUGGAAUUCGCUACAGGAACUCUGGCCGGGAAUGCUGGUGGCUGCAUUCGGAUUGGGAUGCGUGACACUGGUGACAAACCACAUAACAAAGCGGUUAAUCAAUAGGCGCUACCAUAAACCCGUCAGCGGUGGAACUGUGAUAUCUGUUCAGGGUGACAGCGCAUUAAACAGCGAAUCGAUGUGGGAUCGGUUUGUAUUUAUGGGACAGGAUGCCUUACAAGUUGGCUUCAAGAUCGCGGCUAGUAUUUUCAAGCAGUGUGAACGUUACCGACCUGGGCGUUUCCACGGAACAAAUCUCGCCGGAUUAAUUUUGCUAAUGUAUUCGCUGGUAACUUCCAGUAUAAUGGAUGCCCGGUUAAGUUCUAGUUUGACGGCAUCACCAUUUGUACCACCAUUUCAAAGUGUGUCGGAAUUCGUCACUUCCAAUUUCGUGCCACUACUCCAAGCGGGAACGAUACAACUUGCUUUAAUGAACAGCAGUGGUUUACGCGAAGUGCUCCCGAAAGUGAUGAUCUAUGACUCGGGAAGCUCUGUGGACAAGUUUGUAGACUAUGCGACAACGCUAUCGCAGACCAGCAAUAUUGCCUUGAUUGCCACGGAAGAGACGGCGGUGUUCCUCAAAGGAGGAUUCAUCCCGGUUACACCAACAAACCUUUUUGGUUUUAUUGCCAUUUUCCAGCUGCCACACCAAUCGCCCUUUGCGCGGAAUAUUACUGAACUGUACGCGCUGCCGUUUGCAUGUAUAACCAUUUUCGUUAACAUGUCUGAUUUAUUAGCAAAGAUGCAUCAUGCACUGCAGUUUACUGUAUAUCUAGAAUGGACCGUCUAGCCAAAACUGGGAUUCUACAACAUUUCAUCGAUCUUCACAAAACCAUUGGCUACGCGGCGCACCGAGAACCUAUGAAAUUCCAACUGCCACCAGUCAAUAAAGAUAACAAUAACACUCCCAUUCGGAUCUUAGUUUUAAAAUCUACUCUUAAUCUAAUCUUGUCGAUGUUUGCCGUCAGUGGCCUUUUUCUCCUCGGCGAACUGUUUGUAAAAAGUCGAGAUGUUUGUUCAACCGAGAAAUAAAACGU